CAGCCCUACAGAAAAGUCUGGGUAUAUAAUUGGCUGUCGCAUCAUGCUAUACCUAUGAGGAAAUUCUCGAUAAAACCUCCUCGUCCUAAUAUUAAUGGAAUAUAAUAGGAGUUGAAACUGAUGAACAAGAUACCAGUAUAGCCAGGUAAUUUUCUUCCGAGUGGAUAGAUCUCUUUCUCUUUCGUGUAGGCUAUUCAUCUUACUACCACCACAUUCGUUUAUGAUUAUGGCUGAUUCUGACAUAAACUUCAAGAUCCAUCCCCUCCAAUAUCAAAGUGGAAGUAUCUCUUUCACUGAAUGGUGUGCGCUUCUAACACUAGCACUAGCACCACUUAUCGCACAUAUCGCCGCCGGUUUCCCUCAACCAUCUUAUUUACACCCACGCUCCCCGAAAUGGCACGAGCGCAUCGCUCUUUUCAACCCAACAUCCGUAUUAUGGCGAUAUGCAGCGAUCACAGAUCGGCGGAUUCGGGCUAAAGACUGGAACAAAAAAGAUAUGGCCGCGACAAACGCGCUAUUCUGGACGUCGCGAGGUUGGGACGGUUCCGAGAAGAUGAUCGCGCUAAGCUCACCAUAUUGUACGCACCUACCGGAACAUGGCCAGAUAUCUCUGUUCUCCGGCGAGUUCUUCAAGACUCUGGUCGUUACCCUACAGGGUAUGCAGGCUAUUGUUGCGCUAUGUCUUUCCUUGGAAGGAGACAACUCGUCUUCGGAUGGCUUUAUUACUUUCGUGGGCGUUGAUCAGAUCUUCUUCCCCUUGGCGUUUAUCGGUCUUAUGCGCCUGUUUUGCGGUUUUUGGCUUACGAAUGAAUUCGCGUACUCGACGUCGCAAGGAAGUGUGGUUCAGGUUGAGUUAUCCCGUAUCCCUAAGGAUGAUGGGGAGGGGCGGGUCUCAUUGGAUAGUCUGCUACACGAUAGCUUCCACACCUCGGAAACUAUGGAAGAGAGAUUCCUACCGACUUCGUGCUGGGAAAGUCGGGUCUUUCGCAUGGUAUUCAUACUCCCGCUUAUAGGCUUCCUGGUGAUGUGUCUUCUCUUCCUCGUCCAACCCGGCAUCGAGACCAGGGAAUACACAGUCACAUCGAGUCUAGUCGGGGUCUUUUACUUCAUAUUACUCUCCGUGACCGUCGUUAUCUUCGGUUAUUACUUUCUCCAAGGAAACACAUCCUCAACAACAAUCCCAUGUAUCGCGUCCCGCUGGUAUAAACUAUACACAACCAUCCUAAUAGGCAUCGCACUGGCUAUCUUCAUCCUAGCUUGUAUCGAGACGCGACGCACGGCCUGCGGGCGGUGGACAAGUGCGCCCUAUGAGCUUGGCGAUUGGGCGGCGUGUAGGGAUAGUAGGAGGCCGGAUGUUAUCAAAAUUGACCCUAUCACGCUUUCGGAGUUUGGUAUUGCCACGACGUAUCCGAGGACAGAUUCUGGGAAUAGGGUGUUGCCGCAGGGAGAGUUUUGGGUGCGCAAUUUUACCGGUACUUGUCUUGGGGCUUUGGGCUCGCCGUUGGUUAAACGUGUUGAUACGUUGGCGGUGGAGGAUAUUGUUGAGCUUGUGCAUUUGAUUGGGUGAAUUUAUUAAAGCUUAAGUGUAGUCGACAUGCUUAAUCCUAUGAGACUUAGCACUAUGGCCUCUUCUUGAUGCGUCAACUUAGCAACUUUAGGUAGUCCUAUAUUCUUUAAACUAUGGGAAAAGGCUAUUCAAGUCAGAACUCAUUGGUUGAAAAGACCUGC